AGCUCAUCCUCCGUUUUUUCUCUCUCCUAAUCCUUCAAAACUUCUCUUGCCUGCCUUUGUUUCUUCUGCUUCUGUAAAUCUCCUCUCUUUUUUAAUUUUUAAUUUUUUUUACCCUUAAUUUAUAUUUUUAAAUUUUAUUUUUUUGGGUUUCCGUUGAUGACGUGGCAUGCAUCGAUACCUUAAAAAUGAAUACUAAAACGAUGCGUUUACCUCCUCGUCGUGUUUUGACGUCAAAUAAACGGAAAGAGAGGGAGGGUUUUGAUUCCCUGAAACCGUCUCCACCGUCACCACCAACAACAAAAAUACCCAAGCCGAAUGCACCUGAAGCCGGGUCAGGAAAUCUCGCUGAGCCAAUUUCAUCUAAUCAGCUUCUAGCCGGAUAUUUAGCGUAUGAAUACCUUACAAAAGGCACACUCUAUGGUCAACCUUGGGAGCGGGCUGGAGCUGAGCCGGUAGUCGGCAUGGAGUCGAAGAACGUUGAGCCGAAUCAGGAGGUGGAGGAAGCCGAGCCGAAUAAGGGAAAUUAUCAGACGUACAUGGAAGUAUCGAGUUUGUUGAAGGCAGACGGGGCCCACUUACCUGGCGUUGUCAAUCCAAGCCAGCUCUCUCGUGUCUUGAAGAUGUAAAUGUAUGACACGUGUAGAAAUUUCAUUGGUUAGAAAAGAAUCAUUGUCUUUUGGUUAAUUUGAAUACUAUAUUAUUAUUAUUAUUAUUAUUAUUACUAGUA